AUGGCUACUUCUAAGGAGAAGCUUUACAUUUUCCAGAGGGAACAUGCUGCCAUUAAGAAGCUUAUUCUUUCCAAUUCCGAGCGAGAGGCCAGUGGAAUUCUGUUUGGUUUGUGGACUAACGAUGGCGAACCUGUGAUCCACAUCGUUUCAUUAGAACAUUCCAGCGAAGUUAAAAAGAAUCCUUCGCUUUCGCAUAUCGGUAAUUGGUAUUAUGACCAAUUUUCAAAGCAUUUUAGCUCAGAAUGGCGUCAGAGAGACGUCGCAAAUUGCAGCCAUAGUACAAAGAGAAGAUUUCUUCAAAUGGAAGUUAUUAUCGACCAGUCAGGACGAGAAGUCACGCUUCAGCCAUAUAUCGUCAACUUGCAGAGAGGUCGUUUAAUGAGAGUCCUUGGCGUUGAAUUUCUGAAAACUGAAAGCCCAUAUAGGACCAUCGAUACACGCAGUCGUUCGGACGAUGGUAUUGAGGGCAAAGAAGACAUGGAAUGGUCUCCCUCCGGAUAUAACCCAGGCUCUACAUACCUUAAAAAAGAUCACGAUAGAGAAAAUCAUCACACAAGUGGAGCUUUUCCAAGGCAUGCGGAUAUAGGAGAAAGGAGGCUUCGAAGCAGUGAUGAAUAUUCAUCAGGUACGCAGUGGGGAAACACGUUGUUUUCGUACCCAUCUCAUGAUUUCAAGGUUUUUAUGUUUGAAGAAGAUAUCGAGAGAAUGGAAAAGUAUGUUCGUGCAUACCCUCAUCUAGAGACUGGAGGAGAUCUGUUUGGCUUGUGGACCUCCAAUGGUGACGCAGUUAUACAUGUUGUUCUUGGACCAGGUCAGAACUGCAAACGGACCGGCACCUCUUUUUAUCAAGACAUUCCCUAUCUGCAUAGAAAUGGCAACCUUCUUACUCAAGACUAUUUGUUGUGCCACAUUGGAGAAUGGCACUCCCAUCAUCAGCUGCGACUUUUCCAACCAAGCCAAGGUGAUUCGACGACUGUGAUAAGACACUACCCUAAAGGGACGCACGGCUUUCUACUGAUCAUUGGCAACAUCGAGCGAUCUGGUUCUGUGAUACUGUCACCGUAUCUUUACACAGAGAGAUCCAUAUAUAGCUUUGAUAGAAAGGGGACAAUAGAACAUCUCCGCAUUGAAAGUCCCUUCAGCAAAAUCGAGAAGAUAAAAAAAAGCAUGAAGGAAGGAAGACAAGAAAGUGAAGUCAGGGAAAACUCACGUUGUCCAGAACUCCCUUAUCCUCGGCCGUCCUCCAACAUCCCCCGUGGGAGAAGGUCCCGAGGUCAAACUUCUCGGAGGGGUGCUUCCAAACCCAAAGAAUUAUACAUAUGAAUUGCAUAGCCCAUUUACGGGCCCUUUACUACGGAGGUAAACGUUCAACAACAGAGUCAAUUAAAAAUGCAACGAUAAUUUUCAAAUGUAACACUGAUCAUGAGUAACAUAGAGCAGAGGGACAUCAAACGCGCUUUGCUCCCAGCUGCCAAAGGGCAGCUAUUUCAAUAUGCACCGAGGGAAAGAAAGUUCAUUUAGCUUUCGAAAAACAUAUUUAGUCAAAACGCAUCUUUCUUAGUUCAGUUUAUUUGUCACUUUCGAAGGGACGGCGUCUUAUGUAAAAGACGAAGCCUAAAGUAAACAUUGAUAAAAUAAUAGUCACAAAAAAAAGCAUUUUAUGUGCUGUUCGGGAAUUUAUCUCCCUUAUAUUCAUGAGGAAUCUUUGUACUUACCGUAAAUGUUAGAUGUAACCAUUUGAUUAGAUAUAAGAAUGAUUACAACCGCAAAAAACGACAGAAGAUUCGUGAAUUUAAUUCACAAUCUAUUGAGUGUUUAGUCAUAGAUCGAGCUAACUGAGAAAACAAAACUACUUUCAUUUUCACCUUUACCAUUUUCCUAUCCUUAAAUAUUAUUAUUA